UCUUCCGGCCGGAGCAUUGGGUUAGUUCUUUCCCUUUCCUGUCUUUAAAAAAUCUGUCUCUUUAGAUUUGUUUGUAAAUUGCUUCAAUUCCCAGCGAUGGAGAAGGGUGUGAGUCUGUAAAGGGUUUGUUUUUAAACUCAGAUCUGAAAUUUCGAGAUGAGUUUUUAGCAUGUAAAGGUCUUGCGAAUAGCAAUUUUUGAGGGGUAGGGGAUGAUGUGUAGACUAUAGAGGGGUUUUGGAUCGAAGACAUGGAGCGUCUUUUGAAGGAUAAACAACCCCUGUCAGUUAACGCAGUAGCAGCUGGAGCAACUUACCUACAUCAAAAAAGGGAAUAUUUGGCUAUAGACACACCAGAUCCAGAAGAAAACCAAAACCAGGAUAAGGGGAAGCACAUAUCCAGGAAUAUUCAUCAAGCCCCUCUGCUUUUCCGUAUACGAGAGCCUGGAUCAGAAAAUAGUAUCAGAAAAGCUUUUCAGAAACACUAUUUUGGAAAUACAGAGGGGCUUGAGGAAAACUGUCGGAAGAAUUUGACACUCUUUGUGGUCAACUGUUGCAAUGCUGAUAACACCAACAACACCAGUAAUGGCGAAGUUGUGGAGAAGUUUCUGUACUAUGGUAGCUACAUACUUGGGGUUUUGUACAAAUACGGGUCAAGCAAAGCUAAUACAAGCAAUGGGAGGGUAGCUCAAACCUUGAUCGACAUAUUACUAUUAGAGAAGCAAAUCCCGUUCCCUGUCCUGUUCGAACUCCACAAGUUGAAGCAGGGUAAUGGUGAUGAUGUUUCCUUGCUAGAGGCGCUUAUUCAGUUGGUGAAGAACUGCUUUGAGAUUCAAGUGGGCAAGUUAACACCUCUAAAUGCAGAUCCCUGCAAGUGCAAAUAUAAACCUGAAAAUUUGCCUAAAUAUUUACUUGAAGUGGUACAUAGUCUUUGCAUACCACCUACCAGAAGUGAUGAAUAUUGUGGCUUAGUUUUGAAACAAAUCAAAACAGCCACAGAGCUUGAAAAAGAUGGAGUUAGCUUCAAGAAAAAUAAUGGGGAGCACACUUUAUUUGACAUACAUUUCAAAGAGUGUAUGAUGAAAAUUCGGGGCUUCAGGAUUGAUGAGUUCACAGAGACAUUCUUGAAAAGCAUGAUAGCCUAUGAGAAACACCCUGAUGUUGCAUCCAAGCCUUUCACAGAUUUUGUGUUGUUUAUGACCAAACUCAUUAACACACCAAAAGAUGCGGAAUUGCUUUGUGAAAUUAUUGGCAACUUCCAUGGCACAAACAGGGAACAGUUGUUCUCUGAACUGCUUGGGGGAUCAACCUUUUCUGGAGUGAUCAAAAAGCAAGAAGUACCAGAAGAAAACCAAAGCCACAAUAUAGGGAAGUACAUUUCAAGGGUACCUGAAGCACUGUCUAAAACCAACCCCAGUGCUUACAAACCAAAGCUGAUAUCCAUAGGGCCUUAUUACCGUAUACAAGAGCCUGGCUCAGAAAACAGUAUCAAAAGAUAUUUUCAAGAAGGCUUUUUUGGAAAUACAGAUGGGCUUGAGGAGCGGUGUAGGGUGUUAUUGACAAGCUUUGUGGACAAGGCACGCUCUUGCUAUGCUGGUAGCACCAAGAACAUAACUAAUGCAAGACUUGUGGAGACGCUUAUGAGAGAUGGUUGCUUCAUACUUCAGUUUUUGAAGUCAGUGAAAGAUAAGAAAUCCAGCGAUAAUGGGAGGGUAGCUCAAACCUUCAUGGAAAAUGAAAGGAAGGUAGCUCAAACCUUGAAGGACAUGCUAUUGUUAGAGAACCAAAUCCCCUUUUUUGUCCUGUUUGAACUGCACAAAUUGAAGCAGGAUAAAGGUGAUGAUGUUGCAUUUCUAAAGGAGCUUAUUGAGUUGGUGAAGAACUGCUAUGAGAGUCAAGUGCGCAAGUUAACACAGCCUCUACUUCCCAACAAAUAUAAACCUCAAAGUUUGCCUAAACAUUUACUUGAAGUGGUACAUAGUCUUUGCAUACCUACUAAUACUACCAGAAGCGAUGAAUAUGAUGAAGAGUGUGGCUUAGUUUUACAACAAAUCAAUACAGCCACAGAGCUUGAAAAAGAUGGAGUUAGCUUCCAGAAAAUUGAGGAGGUCCACAGAAGUUUAUUUGACAUAGAUUUCAACUGGGGUACAAUGAAAAUUCGGUGCUUCAGGAUUGAUGACUUCACAGAGACAUUCUUGAGAAACAUGAUAGCCUAUGAGCAACACUCUGAUCUUGCAUUCAAGUAUUUCACAGAUUUUGUGUUGUUCAUGAGCCACCUCAUUCACACACCAGAAGAUGCAAAAUUGCUUUGUGGAAAGGGAAUUAUUGCCAACUUCCAAACCACAGAUGACAAAGAAAAAUUCUUCUCCCAACUGCUUGUGGGAGUCGAUACUUCAAGCACCUCCACCUUAUCCACCUUGUCUGGAGUGAUCAACAAGGUGAGUCAGCAUUGUGAGAAGACACUGGAAAAAUGGAUGGGAAUGUUGAGACAAUAUCUUACAAACAGCCCAUGGACACCCAUUAUUGGUAUUGUGGCUGUCAUUGCCGCCUUAGUUACUAUUGUUCAUUAUAUUAAAAGUUAAAACCUUUGUUGAAGCCCAUUAGUGUUUUAAGGCAAUUUAUAACUUGGACCAGGGUCCACAAUCCAAUACACAAAAUUUGACUUCA